UUAAUAUUCUUCCCAAGGAAAGGUAGCUAGAAAAGCUGCAUAGAGCUGAUACAAUAUACCACCUUCUGAACCAUAAGUAUCCCUCGCCAGCUUAGCAUUGCAACUCCCUACCACCCCUGUCUUUCUCUUUCUGAUCUGGUAAUUAGUGGUGUUUUGCCCCUAGCAUUCAGAUUUGCUUACUUGCCGACAUAGGAAGAAAGGAAAGAAGAUGCCAAAGGCUCCUAUAAGCACAAAAUGCACCAGGAAAGAAGUCAAUAGAGGAGCUUGGACGGCUGAAGAAGACCAAAAGCUUGCUCAAGUCAUUGAAAUUCAUGGUCCAAAGAGGUGGAAGUCAGUUGCAGCAAAAGCAGGUCUGAAUAGAUGCGGAAAGAGCUGCAGAUUGAGAUGGAUGAAUUAUCUUAGGCCCAAUAUAAAGAGAGGCAACAUAUCAGACCAAGAAGAGGACUUGAUAGUAAGGCUUCAUAAACUGCUCGGAAACAGGUGGUCUUUGAUUGCCGGAAGACUACCAGGUCGAACUGAUAAUGAAAUCAAGAACUAUUGGAAUUCUCAUCUGAGCAAGAAGAUAAAGCAAAAUGAGAAGCAGAAUAGAAGUUCAAGAAUGCAAGAACCCGUUCUCGAGAAUUCCAAGGUAAGCGACAUGGACACUGUACCAAAGGAAAGUGAAGAAGGUACGUUCAAGAGAGAUGAUAAUGACUCCAAAUCUUGCUCCAUUGGUGAUAUCUUCUUCAAUUUUCACAGCGAGGAGCCUCUUAAUUUGGACUGGAUGAGUCCAUUUUUGGAAAUGGAUGAGACCUGGUUUAACUUUGCAUAUAUUUAAACUUUGUCUCUUUUCCAUCAAAAAGUUGUAGGUAUAUGCACACUUGUUUUUUCAGCUGCUAUAGCCAAAGAGCCUUUGGUAAUCCAAGGAAAAUCCUCCAGUUUCAGCUCUGUCCUAAUGUUGACUAAGGUUUUUCCUUGGAUUAACAAGUGGAAUUGUCAUC